AGUGCCAGAUUGACAUUUAGUAAUAAUAGAAUCAGCCAAUCAGAGAGCGCCUCCUCCCGUGCACGCAUGUGAAUGAAGCGUGUAUAGUAAUAUUCCAGAAAGUUUGGGGAGAGGUCGCCAUGUUUCACUGUUUAAUCCACAUGCUUAGUUUGUAGUUAUUUCAUGCAUCUUGUGUCUUGUGUGCGUCCAGAACUAUUAUAAUCGACAUGGCGUACCUGGUCUGGAAACUCAGCAGAGGAGCAAUGGCUUGAAGACAUCAAGAGACAUGUGACUUUGGAUUACAACAAAUCGAACAGCGGUGUCUGCGUGUGUGUUUUACUGCGGUGUGUGUGUGUGUAGUGCGUGUGUGUGUUUAGUGUGUGUGUGUGCAGUGUGUAGGUGCGAUGGCGCGGUGUUGCUGCAACAGUCGUGUGCUGUGCCUGUGCCUGCUGCCCUGCAUGAUGAUGGGUCACCUGCUCAUCUACAUCCUGGUGUCCAUCUUCGUCACCAUCUCCUACAACAGCAGUCAGGCUCCGCCUCCUCUCCCACUGCACUUCGUCGCCCCCGGCGCCUCCAAGAACUCCGUUGCCGUGGCGUCGCACCCGCUCGGCCCCUUCUGGAACCUGCGGCUGCAGGACGGAGCGCUCUGGAACCGCCUGCAGCACCAGCUCGACCGCCGCCACAACCCCAUCCUCAGGGCGCGGCGACGGCGAGGGGGCAACGGAACGCUGGGUGGGGGGGUAAACGGGGCAACAGGGGGGGGAGCGUGUGAGUGGCGGCCCCAGGGGUCGUCCCAGCUGCCGGACUUUAACGAGCUGCCGCAGCAGAUGAAGGACUUUGUGCUGUCCAUGGACUGCAGGACCUACCCGCUGCUGAUGGACCAGCCACACCUGUGUGAGCCCCGCGGGCCCCUGGUGGGCCCCAGAGCCGAGGGGGACGCAGAGCAACCCACGCUGCUCAUGGCCAUCAAGUCCCAGGUGGGCAACUUUGAGAGUCGUCAGGCGAUUCGGGAGACGUGGGGGAAGAGUGGUUGGGUACCGGUCGAGUCAGCAGGUGGAGGAGGAAGAGGAGGAGGAAGAGGAGGCCUGGUGCGCACCGUGUUCCUGCUGGGCCGCCAGGACUCGUCGACGGGCCCCCACCCGAACCUCAACGCCCUGCUGGAGCUGGAGAGCCAUCGCCACGGCGACAUCCUCCAGUGGGACUUCCGCGACACCUUCUUCAACCUGACGUUGAAGGACGUGCUCUUCUGGGACUGGUUCGGCCAGCACUGCCCUGGUGCUCGCUUCGUCUUCAAGGGCGACGACGACGUGUUUGUGCGCACGGGACCCCUGCUGGACUACCUGCUCAGCCAGACACCCCGCACACUGCCCACCACACCCAACAACAACAACAACGACAUCAACAACAACAUCAACAACAACGCCACACAGGCCGUCUGGGACUUCCUGGUUGGUGAUGUCAUCAGCCACGCCUGGCCCAAUCGGCAGCCUGAGACCAAAUACUUCAUCCCGGAGAGCUUCUACGUGGGCGUGUACCCGGCGUACGCGGGCGGGGGAGGCGUGGUCUACUCGGGCUGGCUGGCGCAGCGGUUCCGGGAGGUGUCGCGGCAGGUGCACCUGUUCCCCAUCGACGACGUGUACCUGGGCAUGUGCCUACGCCGUCUGGGCCUGUCCCCCACGCACCACCCCGGCUUCAUGACCUUUGACCUCCCCGAGGGCGAGCGGGAGAAGCCGUGCGCGUACCGCAACGUGAUGCUGGUGCACAAGCGCAGCCCCCGCCAGAUGCUGAUGCUGUGGAGGCAGCUCAGGGAGGCCCUGCCCACCUGCUGAGAACACACACACACACACACACACACAGCUCAGGGAGGCCCUGCCCACCUGCUGAGUACACACACACACACACACACACACACACUAUACACACACAAGACUAAUCUAUACACUAUACACUAUACACAUACACACACACACGCGCACACACACAUACACACACUAUACACACGCACACGCACACGCACAUACACACACGCACACAUACGCACACACAACUCAGAGAGGUCCUGCCCACCUGCUGAGUACACACACACACACACACACACUAUACACACACACAGAACUCAGGGAGGCCCUGCCCACCUGCUGACACACACACACAACUCGCCUCAGUAGCCAUCAUCUGGGGCUGACCUGCAGUGGACCACAACCUGACCUGGUAUACUGUAGAUCUAGCCAUGAUUUGGAAUAGAUCCGACCUGACCUGGUAUAGAUCUAGCCAUGAUUUGGAAUGGACCGUAACCUGACCUGGUAUAGAUCUAGCCAUGAUUUGGAAUGGACCGCAACCUGACCUGGUAUAGAUCUAGCCAUGAUUUGGAAUGGACCGUAACCUGACCUGGUAUAGAUCUAGCCAUGAUUUGGAAUAGAUCCAACCUGACCUGGUAUAGAUCUAGCCAUGAUUUGGAAUUGAUCCAACCUGACCUGGUAUAGAUCUAGCCAUGAUUUGGAAUUGAUCCAACCUGACCUGGUAUAGAUCUAGCCAUGAUUUGGAAUGGACCGUAACCUGACUUGGUAUAGAUCCAGCCAUAUUUUGGAAUAGACCGAAGCCUCACCUGAGCCAAUCUUACCCAUUCUGUUCAUGUUGUGAAUUCUCAGCCUUGUUACUGAUGAGAGCCACUGCAGGGGUCAGAACAGCGAGUGGUAAAGGGGACCAACAGACGCUGAUUCUGGAACAAUCCUGGCGCUGGUCUAGAGAUGACCCAGUCUUUAUCAGUAACCGCGUAACAGUCUGGUUGUCACCCAAUUUGUUCUUGAAGCUGACCUUUACAUGAAAUGGCCAGCAGAUGGCGCUUUUGCUUAAUGUGAGAUAUAAGGCUCUGACGUGAGAGACGCAAGACUAAUCCAGGGUGAUAUUCACUCCAGAGACUAGAAUCUAUGUGUGUGGGAUAUACAAUUGAUUGUAUAUCCCAUGGGAACUUCUGCUAAACAAGAUAAAUAUAUUUAUACCUUUA